GCCGCCUGUGGUACAUCUUGGACCGUUCAAGCAAUGUGCCAGCACUUGUGACCGCACGGCGAGGAAGAUGAGGCCGGAACCGAGGCGGGCAGGGCCCAGGAGUAGGAGAGUGGGACCCCUGCCCGGAGCCCACACAGUGCCCGCGGGCGUCCCUGCCACCCGGGGGGCCAGGCCUCCCCCCUCCCCUGGGAAGCGGGCUCUCUGGACCCCUGCGAGGCCCUUCCUGGCCCUGCUGCUUCUGGUUUCCAUCAAGCAAGUUACGGGAUCUCUCCUCGAGGAGACAACUCGGAAGUGGGCUCAGUACAAAGAGAAGUGUCUGAGAGACUUACUCAAGGAAACUUCUGGCGCAGUUUGUAACGGGACCUUUGAUCAGUAUGUGUGCUGGCCUCAUUCCACUGCAGGAAAUGUCUCUGUUCCCUGCCCUUCAUACUUACCUUGGUGGCGCAAAGAGCACUCAGGAAGGGCCUACAGAUACUGCCUUUCUCAGGGCACUUGGCAGACGCUGGAGAACUCCACAGAUAUUUGGCAGGACAACUCCGAAUGCGCUGAGGACCACAGCUUCAAACAAAAAGUGGAACACCGCGCCUUGCUGUCGACCUUGCAGCUGUUGUACACUGUGGGCUACUCCCUCUCCAUCGUCUCCCUCUUCCUGGCUCUCACCCUCCUCUUGUUUCUGCGAAAACUCCACUGCACACGCAACUAUAUCCACAUGAACUUGUUUGCCUCUUUCAUCCUGAGAGCCCUGGCUGUGCUGGUGAAAGACGUCAUCUUCUACAACUCUUACUCUAAGAGGCCCGACAGUGAGAAACAGUGGAUGUCCUACGUGUCAGAGGUGUCCACUUCCUGCCGCUCGGCCCAGGUUCUCCUGCACUACUUCGUGGGUGCCAAUUACUCAUGGCUGCUGGUUGAAGGCCUUUACCUCCACACGCUCCUGGAGCCCAUAGUGCUUUCGGAAAGAAGGCUGUGGCCCAGAUACCUGCUGGUGGGUUGGGCUUUCCCGGUGCUCUUCGUUGUACCCUGGAGCAUUGCCCGUGCUCAGCUGGAGAACACAGGGUGCUGGGGAACCAACAGGAAUAAGAAUGUCUGGUGGAUCAUUCGGGGACCCAUGCUGCUUUGUGUAACGGUCAAUUUCUUCAUCUUCUUGAAAAUCCUCAAGCUUCUCAUCUCUAAGCUCAAAGCUCAUCAAAUGUGCUUCAGAGAUUAUAAAUACAGAUUGGCCAAGUCCACGCUGGUCCUCAUUCCUUUAUUGGGUGUUCAUGAGAUUCUCUUCUCUUUCAUCACGGACGAUCAAGUUGAAGGAUUUCCAAGAUACAUACGACUCUUCAUUCAGUUGACUCUGAGCUCCUUCCACGGACUGCUUGUGGCCUUGCAGUAUUGCUUUUCCAAUGGAGAGGUGAAGGCCGAGCUGCGGAAGCAGUGGGCCCGCUUUUUGCUAGCCCACCACUCGGGCUGCAGAGCCUGGGUCCUGGGGAAGAACUUCCGAUUCCUAGAGAAAUGUCCCAAGAAGCUCUCGGAGGGGACUAGCUCCAGCAAGCUGCAGAAGGCGCGGCCCUCGCCCCACGGUGGGCAGCUCCUGCACUCGACUGAGGAGGGCCUGCGGGUGGCGGGCGCCCUGCCCCGCCAAGGCCACGCAGCCUGGCCCCGGGGCAGCAGCGUGUCGGAGAGCAGCGAGGGGGACUUCACCCUGGUCCACACCGUGGAGGAGAUUCUCGAGGAGAGCGAGAUCUAGGCAGGAGCCCACCUCUCUGGCUCCGCUCCCCGGAGACUCCUGAGAUGGGCGAGGGAGGAGGCGGCCAAGCUGUACGUUGCUGACCUUGCGGGUGCAAAGUCAGCCCACUUCCCGCGCACCCCGCCCACUCCGACGUGACGUCGCCCCGCCUACUUUGGACGUCUCUUCCCGGCUUGCCCUGCUCUGUGCGACAGAGGCUGCGUGCCCUGUCAUCCUCAUCACCCCCGCAGGUGUGUUUCCCAGAGCGCCACCAGCCUUCCGGGCUGGGCCCACAUUCGAGUGAAUGGAGCCCUAGGAUACAGAGAGAUGUCUGCUUUGAAAUAGAGGCCAGCCGCUAUCCUUCCUUUACUCUUCAUGGUACAAGGUGUCUAUCUGAAGUCGGGUUCAGUGUGUCCAAGGACCACCUGCGAAGUGUUUUAAAUGCAGUCUGACUCAUGGCAGAGAUUCUAAGAGGGUGCAUCUGGGACGAUGGCCGGCGAUGGGAAUUGUGUAACAAGCAUCCCAGGUAAUUCUGAUGCGACCCCACAUUUUGAAAACCUGGGGCAGGAUGGGCAGCAGCCAGAAGUCCCCCUGAGCUGGCCGCUGGCGGGAGAGACCGCCGGAGUCCUGCAUUCAGCAGUUCAGCUGUGACACGCCUGCCCUCCUCUGACAGGGUGGACCGCACUCUGGCCCCCAGAGCCCUCUCCUUCCCUUCUCUCUUCUUCCUCUCUUGUCAAGUCUUCCCUCCCUCUCUCCAUCUCAGUUCUCAUCCGUGGGCAGCAGCAGUUCUGUUUGAUCUGUAACGAGCCCAUCCUUCCUCGGAGGGUUGGCCCCAGCACCCAGGGCCCCUCUGAAAGUUGCUGUUGGUCAUUUUCUCACUUUUCUGGUUCCACCUGCCUGUCUGAGCUUGGCUUCUUCAAGCCUUACUUGCCUACCGUUCUCUGCCAUUUUUGGUUUGCCGCUGAUACCUGGAUGGCCGUACCUUCUGCUCUGGGAGGUUUGCCCACUGUUCUCCCGGCCCUGAGUCCCCCACUGAUAAGAGUCCCACUCCUCGUAUGGAAUUGGAUGUGAGAGCUGGAGGGGACCCAGCUGAAACGAGAGGACUGUGGCUACGCCGAGGAGGCACCGAGGGGGCCGGGGCUGUGGACCCGGUCUGCAGGUGGGGAGUCAGUUGUGCCCAGACCCUGAGUGGAGGGUGCUUCUGGAGGCUGAGGAGGGCCCAGGCGAUUAGGGUCAGGCUCAGUGACUGCAGCUGUAAGGCAAGAGGCUGAGGAAGGUCAAGGGAGGAACGUUCUAUGGAAACAGGGUGUCAGUUCUCAGGAGCGUCACUUUUACAGCGUGUAAAAUGUAUGUGUACGUGGGUGGUCGGGGUAUUAUGCUGUGGGACCAAGUCCUGCCUUAUAUUAGGGGGAGGCGCGAUAUGAUACUUAUCAAGUAGGGGUGCCAGAUUUUGCAAUUAAAAAUACACAAUUCGGAUAUAAGUAUACGUAUAGCUGAUUCACUUUGUUAUACAGCAGAAACUAACACAACAAUGUAAAGCAAUUAUACUCCAAUAAAGAUGUUAAAAAAAUCCACAAUUCUCAGUUAAAUUUGAAUUUUGGAUAAAUGAAUAUUAUUAUUGUCUAAGUAUAUCCCACGGGAUAUACUUUACGUGAAAUCCAAAUCCACUGCACAUCCUGUGUUUCACCUGGCAACUCCAUUGUCAAGGACACUUUGCAGCAGGACGGAGACCAGGGUGAGGCAAGCAGACCUCAGUUCAGGUGCAAAAUUUAAGAGAGUACUAAAAACCCACAGUCGUCAAGAUAAGUAAUAUUUUAAUGCAAUAUUAAAAAAAGUCAAAUCUGUAAGCUACAGCCCACGGGCCAUUUAUAAAAAUGACAUUUCAUUGGAACCAAGGCUGGGAUGAGGGUGAAGUAAGUGAGGCCAUGAGAUGCAAAUAAAGGGUCUGGUCCUGACUAUAUACAAUUUUGAUAUUUUGCUCAUCAUGGACGUUUUAACAUUAAUUUUCAUUUUUAAACAAUUGCAUGAAAAUAUUAUUUAUCUUGACCACUGAGCUUUUUGUCGCUUACCUUCAAUUUCGCACCUGAGGCCGGUGCCCAUCUUCCCCUCCCCCCAGUCCUGGCUCUGCUGUGCAACAGGGGAAACUGAAGCAAUGACAUUAGGCAAGUACGUAACAAAGCAAAGGUUUGUUUUUUGGUGUCCAGAUUGUCCACAAUUCAAUCAUUAAAAUAUAUGUCCUACUUUUUCCUUUCUGCAAAAAUCUCUGCCGUUUCUCAUCAACCCAUUAGCACCUAGAAAGCAGGGCCGUGUCGUAUUCCCAGCUAGUAUCCAGCAGAGCCAGUUCAGAGCAGGUUCAGAACACAUUCAUCAAAGGAGACGAGACAGAAGCGUCUUGGGAGCAUCAGAUGCUGUCGAGGGUCAGUUACCCAGGACCCGGCCACUAGUAGAAGGAACUUUUUUUCAAGCACUUGUAAGUAUGCCCUCCCCGCUCACUCCACACAUGAGGUGGCACACACACACACCACACACACACACUGCUGCUUGCUCUUGUUCUGCUAAUGAUU